UAGGGACUCCUCCCAUUCCACCACAUAAAGUUAUACAGGCUGAGUAUGUCAGUCUACUGAGAGCGGCAUUACAAGAGUAUGAAUGUGUGAAAGGCAACCUGGUGAACGGUACCAUUUCACAGUGGGAACUAUAAGACAUAGCUGUGGGUUUGGACAUCAUGCGGUUGUCUGAAACACUGAUGGACAUGGACUUGGCUAAUUACAGUGAAGCUUUAGACCCAUCCUACACCUCUUUGGAGUUUGAGAAUAUGCAAAUACAGUGCAAUGCUCACGAGAGUUCUCCAGCGGAGACAAACACCAUGAACACACCAGACAACGGGAUUAGUGCUUUGUGUGCAAUCUGCGGGGACAGAGCAACAGGAAAACAUUAUGGUGCCUCCAGUUGUGAUGGAUGCAAAGGCUUCUUCAGACGAAGCAUAAGAAAGAACCAUGUCUAUUCCUGCAGGUUUAACCGACAGUGCAUUGUGGACAAAGACAAACGGAACCAGUGCAGAUAUUGCAGGUUGAAGAAAUGUUUUCGAGCUGGCAUGAAGAAAGAAGCCGUCCAAAAUGAACGGGACCGAAUAAGUACCAGGAGAAACAGCUACGAGAGUGGCAACUCGCCCUCCAUCAACACGCUGGCUCAAGCUGAGGUUCUCUCUCGCCAGAUCACUCUCUCAGCUUCUGGGGCAAGCACAGAUAUCAACACAAAGAAAAUUGCUACUAUCAGUAAUGUGUGUGAAUCUAUGAAAGAGCAGUUACUGGUUUUAGUGGAAUGGGCAAAAUAUAUUCCGGCUUUCUGUGAACUGCCACUGGACGAUCAGGUUGCUCUGUUGAGAGCACAUGCUGGGGAACACUUGCUGCUCGGUGUAGCAAAAAGGUCUAUUCCAUACAAGGAUCUUCUAGUACUGGGGAGUGACCAUGUAGUACAUCGGAAUACCCCAGAGGUGGAGAUUAGUCGUGUGGCAAAUAGGAUAUUGGAUGAAUUGGUCCAACCUUUCCAGGAGAUUCUGAUUGAUGACAAUGAAUACGCCUGUUUGAAAGCAAUUGUUUUCUUUGAUCCAGAUGCUAAAGCUUUAAACAAUCCGGCAAAAAUUAAGAAUAUGCGUUACCAAGUGCAGGUCAGCCUGGAAGACUACAUCAAUGACCGGCAGUAUGAUUCCCGGGGUCGGUUUGGGGAGCUGCUGCUUCUGUUGCCAACUCUUCAAAGUAUCACCUGGCAGAUGAUUGAGCAAAUACAGUUUGUCAAACUGUUUGGACUGGCAAAAAUUGACAACUUGCUCCAAGAAAUGUUGCUGGGAGGUACAUCUAAUGAUCCAUCUCACCUCCACCACCCCAACCACCCGCACCUGGCCCAGGAUCCAGUAACAGGACAAACUAUUCUGAUAACCUCAAUGCCUGCAGCUGUCCACAGUGAGCAGAUGUCCACACCAGAAACCCCGCUACCUUCUCCUCCACAAGGUUCAGGACAAGAGCAGUACAAACUUGCUUCGAACCAGCUCUCUGUUAUUUCUCAGCAACCGUCAGUGCCAAAGCAGAAGUCUUUGUGAUGCAGCACUUCAGUUUUGCGCGGUGACAGAUUCUACAUUCUGCACAUGUGAACAAACACUGGGAAUUCACACUAUGUUGCCAGGUGGCAAAUGGGAUCAAGCCAUGAGCUGGAACUGAAACUGCCAAUCUGUACUGGUUAUAAAUGACUGUGUUGAUUUUUUUGUCUUUGGUAAUACUGUUAUUAUUAUUUGUUAUUUUUUGGGGG